AUGGGGGGCCACAGGAGUGUGCGGAAGCAGAGGCGAGUGGGAGACGGAAUCCGCGAGUGGAGCCUGAACGGGCAAAGCACAGAGGUGGUGGGCAUCUGCAAGUACCCGUACUUGUGGAACGACCGAGCGCCGACGGUUUUGGAGGACGGCGUCAUUUUCUUGCUCAAAGACGCCCGGGACCAAUCACAUAAAGUGCCGCUGAGCCUCUUCCCUAUGUUCCUGCGACCCGAACUGCACAAGGUACGAGCUGUCAUCGAGGCCUUCUCCGACGAAGGCGCCCUCGUGCGCAGCGAUCACGAAGCCGCCGGCGUGGGCUUCCUCAAAGAGACUGGACCAUGCACCGCACUAGACCUCACCGUCACAGUCGCACUCGGAAAAGCCGGCACCGCGAAGACCAACUACAUCCUCGACCGUUGGGAAUGA